UAAGCAGGCGGAGAUCCUGACACCUCACCGGAGAAUCCUUUUAUGGAGACACCGCGGCCGGAAUUCCGAACCCCGGAGCCCAUUUUCCCGAUAAAAGAGUGAAAAUGAUGCCGAUGAUCCCUGCGAAUAAAACCCAUCAAUAAAACCCGACAGUCUGAUUCAAACGUUCGUGUUUGUGUUUUUAUUUUUGAUAUUCCUGAAUGUUUUCACCGCCGCUCCUCUUGUUCUAUUUCUGGAAUUCCCUCUUGUUUUUGAGCCAAGUCCAUAUUUGGUCAGUGACGUCAGGGGGACACCCAGAGAUUCCCUUUAUAGCCAUACCGCUGUGCGUGGGAGCAGUUUUAAAGGGCGGAGAGGCGGAAAAGGAGCGGGGUUAGAAGACACUAUGAGCGGCUAGAAGCAGCAGAGACACCAGAUCUAGAAAACAGUUUAAAAUCAUCUCAGAGACGGAAUGAGCGCGAAGGUUCUGCAGGAGGAAGUUUCUGCGUCUCUGAGCAGAGUAGUGGACACAGCGGAGGGGGGGCUGACUGUGUUUAAGGAAGAGCCUGUGGGAGAGGAGGAUGGAGGCGGUGAGCUUCUGUUUGAGGGGAGGGGCUCACCUGAGCUGCAGCUCCACGGAGAUCUGGCGCAGUACGCGGCCACUUUACGCACGCACCCCGUGGCCUUCACCGGCAGGUUCUCAGUGGAGUCCAGGGGAGCAGGAGAGCCGUGGACAUCCGGAGACACCAUCAACGUGGUCAGCGCUGACAUCGGCAGUAACGCGCCCGCUGCGCCCUCUCCAGGUAUCUACGCACCUGAAGCAGGAGGCGGCGGCAUGGCGCACGGCCCGCCGGACGUCAGCCACAUGUACGCGCCCGCGCAUCCGCACCCCCACACCGCGCCCACCUACUCCUGCAGCGGGGACAUGUACCAGGACCCGUCAGGUGGGGGGUACCUGCCUCCCUCCACCUGCUCCGUGUCCUACCACCCCCCACAGGCCUACACCUCAGCGCCCAAACCCAGCGUGGACGGCCCCGCGCUGCUCUCCAUCAUGCCGGAGUACGGAGGCUUCUACCAGCAGAGCUGCCAGAGGGACCUGCAGACCGCCUUCCCGGACAGGAAGUCCCUCCCCUACACGCUGGACCCCCUCAGGGUGCCUCCGCCUCUCACGCCGCUCAACACCAUCAGGAACUUUACGCUGGCUGCUCCUCCCUCCGCCGUGGAGGGCCCGAUGGCCGCGGCCUUCCCCAGCCACCAGAACCUCCCCCUCAGACCCAUCCUGCGGCCCAGGAAGUACCCGAACCGGCCGAGCAAGACGCCGGUCCACCAGAGGCCCUACCCCUGCCCCGCGGAGAGCUGCGACCGCCGCUUCUCGCGCUCCGACGAGCUGAGCAGACACCUGCGCAUCCACACCGGACACAAGCCGUUCCAGUGCCGCAUCUGUAUGCGCAACUUCAGCCGCAGCGACCACCUCACCACGCACAUCCGCACGCACACCGGGGAGAAACCUUUCUCCUGCGAGCAGUGUGGGAGGAAGUUUGCGCGCAGCGACGAGAGGAGGAGGCACAUGAAGAUCCACCAGCGGCAGAAGGAGAAAAGGUCCUAAAUGCUCCUGGAGGAGGAGGGAGAUGCUGACACACCGCCUGCAGAUCAGAACCAGAAAGUGAAGAUAAUCUAACAGGAACAUCUCCUUAUUUAUGACCUCAGAAAAACUGCAAACAUCCCAACAGAUAGUCAACAAGUUUAUAGCUUAGUAAAUAAUUAGAGCAGAUGAUGAUGAUGAUGAUGAUGAUGAUGAUGAGGUGUCUGUGCAAACCUUAGAUGAGUCUCCCUGCCUUCAGUGUUCCGCUCCAGAACCUUUCUGUGUUCUGAUGCUCUCAGGGAUCCAGAGUCACAAACAGAGACGGUUGAUGGAAGCAGCUCAGGACUCACAGCUUCAGGCAGAACUUCCAGCUUGUUUGCACCGGAAGUGAAGAAGAAGGAGGAAGAACUUUGAUGUCGGACUGAGAGCAGAAGCCUGAUGAUCUGCAGCUCCACUGGUUUUAUCUUUGGUUUCCAGUUUACACUGGAAAAAAGGUCUAGAAAUAAGUCAACAUUUCCUAAAUUAAGUGUAUUUGCUGUUAAUUUGAGAAGGUAAAUGAGAUGAUUUGCCAAUGAAAU